AUGGUUGACAGUGAUGACAUUAUUCCGCUGGAUAAAAGCAAAAAAAGAAAUUUUCACUAUGAUAUCAUGUUCGAUAAGUAUGCGCGUCUGGGAACAGAGGAAUGUAAACUGUUUCCAUCCAUCCAUGGUUGCAACAAUAAAAGACAUGUGAACGGUAAUGACAACCGAAUCGAUAAAAGUAUAUAUCUAAAGGAUGAAGUUCUAAUCCCUCCAUUGAGAAAUCAAAAAGAAAAUAUUUUCCAAAACGCCGAUAUCGUGUGCAAUAUUCUAUCAUUUAUUCCCUUCUCGAAAAGGUGGAAUUGUAAAUUAUUAAGUAGAUCAUUUUAUCAAGCAUUUCAUACGAAAUAUGCAUGGGAUAAUUUAGAUGUGCGUUUCCUAGAUGUAGACAUAUUUAAAUUACAUUUUUUCAAAAAAUAUAAUAAAUAUUUUGUCAACGCCUCAUCUUUGUUUUUAUCAAUUAAUGAGAAUACAAGUGCAGAAAUGAUUAUCAACUUAGUCAUAAAACAUUUCACACACUUGAAAGAUAUUCGUAUAUAUUGCAGAAAAGAAAACACUAAUUACAUAUUUGAGGGGGUUCAUCCCAUGGUUUCAACUAUUUUAAACGGAAAAAAGUUUCAAGAAGGAAAGAAAAAUUCUUGUCUCUCUAGAGACACGAGUUCUAACCAUCCUCCCAGUCCAUCAGAAGGUCAAAUAGCUGGUGGAGAAACAGACGAACAGGAGAUUACACAAACAGCUAUAGGACAAGUGACGUAUCCAAACGAAUGCAAUGAUAAAAAUGAUAAACAGGAAAAUAGAGACCCCGAUGAUGUCCAUUCCAAAAAAUUUCAACAGGGAUUUAAAGAUGAACAGAGAAACGAUUCUACAAAUGAAUUUAUCGAUUAUGCAUUCGAGAUGAAUGAUUUUUUUUUAUAUAAUCAGUAUUACAGAUGUGGAGAAAAGAUAAAUGGGGAAUCAGAGAAGCGGUAUGAAAGAUCAGCCCAAAAAACGGCACAAAAAAGGGCACACAGAUCAGCGGAAGACGCUAAGGAUGAGGAGUCCAUGGAAAACGUUUUAAAAAUUAUUGAGCGCAGAAAAAUAUGGAAUAUGAAAAUUUUCGAAAUUGAAAACAAAUUUGAAAAUUUAGAACGACUUGUAUUAGACGUAAAAUUAAAGGGAGAUGAACUUUUACCCUUUGUAGGAAGAUUAACUAAUUUAAAAGAUAUUAUUAUUAGCAAACUUCUAUACACUGACAAGUUAAAUCGGUCCCAGUGCAUCACUAUAUUCACUUGCUUCAUUGAAAAAAUGAAAAAAAACAAUGUUCGAGUGAUACAGUUAGGGUUAUUCUUCACUCGCGAAUAUAAACCAGCUGAUUAUAUGAAUAAUGAAAAUUUUCGAAAAAUAAUGAAUUCCAGGACGGAAUAUAUUUCCGAUCCCAAUAAAGAAGAGGGGGAUGAGUUAAUAUACAUUUUGAAGAAAAAUCAUUUUGAUUCCCUGUACUGUCUAUGGAGCAAUGAUCUGUUCAUAUCCUUUGAUAUGUAUGAACAGAUUCAGAAGUUCAGAAAUUUACAAAUAUGGAUUUUGCCCGGCUGGAGAGCAUUGUCCCUGGUGAAGCAGUAA